AUGUCUCCGCUGAAAGAAGAAUUUCCAAAUUUUGGUCCUGAAUUCGGAAAUUUUGGUGAGCACCAAUCGCCUUUCGCAUCAAGAUCUCCGGGCGAAUCAAGCUUAGCACCGGCAUCUCGAGACGGCGCACUCAAAAUUAUCCUUCCAGAGUCUCGAAUUCAACCCAAACUCAUGGAUUCUGGCGGUCAUUCUAUUCAGGUAUCCUCACCAAGCAAUUCUCCCAAGCCAUGGUACAAAUGGCUCCUUUGGUCAGCCCCUGUGUUUAUAUUAUUGGCUUGGUCGAGGAUACAACUCAACAGUACACCAAGGGAUAACAUUACAACAACUCAGACAGUAUCUGAUGUAACAUCUCAGCUGAAAGCGGUUGUAUCCAAGGGCAGGGUUGGUGGACAUGCUGCAGAUCUUUCCAUCAAAAUUCUCGACUCCAUAGAGGACCUUCAAGAACAUGCUGCAUAUCCAUCAAUUGACUCAUCCCGGGCACACGAGGUCUCUGACGUCUUGGAGAGUCAAAUAAAUGUCCCAAAUUCAACUGUGACUGCCGAGCAUCUACGACAACUUAUCGCAUCGGUAGAUUGUGUGUACGACUCUUUGCGCCGGCUGAAUGGAAGAGGCCUCACUGAAUUACGCGUACUGAUGGAAGAGUUUUCUUGGUUCAAAAACUUUCACGCAGUGGAGAACACUGAUAAAUUCAUACGGAGCAUGUUUGAUCACCAAUAUAAAACCUUUACCCUCCUCGCCAACCUUGCCGAGGGAACCGGUGGAUUGAUUCAAAAGACGCACUCAGAAAACGAAAAGCUGCAGCACGAUCUGUUCUCCAUUGACUGUUGGUUGAGGAAUCAACUUAAUCGCCCUUUUUACCUCCAAAUUUUCAAUGAACGAGACUACCACGGGUUACAACCUUUGUUGGACACAGUGAUUCUCAUGGUUGAAUACACAAGAGAUGUCAGAAAAUAUUUAGAAAAAAUGAAAGAUACAAUCUCCACUCGCUGGGCAAUCUCCAAUAAACCAAAUAAUGGCACGAUUAUUCAGGUUCCGGGUUCUGAUGGGAUGUCAGGCUUUUAUGUAGCAGGGAAGUGUCUUACAAAUGACACCGCAAUGCAUGCCAAUAAGAAAUCCGAUGUGCCCUGGCAAAGUGAUAACAAGCGGUAUCCCGCAAGGCCCGGACCUGUGCCCCGGAGACCCCCGAACGCCCGUCCUGUGAUUCAGUCACGGUUGUCGACAACUGUGACUGUACAAACCGUGACUGUACAAGGAGGACUUUUUCAUCAAAACUUGAUUCAAUGA